AUGGAGCUUCUACUAUUGGUACAGCACUUGGUAACUGCAAAUUGCUAACUAAUCUUAUAUUUUACAUUCAACUUUAUAAUACAGUACAAUCAAAUUGGGAAUGAUGGAGCUUCUACUAUUGGUACAGCACUUGGUAACUGCAAAUUGCUAACUAAUCUCAUAUUUUACAUUGAUGCAAAUUAAAUUGGAGAUAAUGGAGCAUAAAAUAUUGGAUUAGGUUUGAGUAAGUGUACUUAACUUAGAAAUUUAGAAUUAGCAUUAGUGUAAAAUCAAAUUGGGAAUGAUGGAGCUUCUACUAUUGGUACAGCACUUGGUAACUGCAAAUUGCUAACUAAUCUCAUAUUUUACAUUGAUGCAAAUUAAAUUGGAGAUAACGGAGCAUAAAAUAUUGGAUUAGGUUUGAGUAAGUGUACUUAACUUACAAAUUUAGACUUUAGAAUACAGUAAAAUCAAAUUGGGAAUGAUGGAGCUUCUACUAUUGGUACAGCACUUGGUAACUGCAAAUUGCUAACUAAUCUCAAAUUUUACAUUGGUUCAAAUUAAAUUGGAGAUAGUGGAGCAUAAAAUAUUGGAUUAGGUUUAAGUAAGUGUAUUUAGCUUACUAAUUUAGAAUUUAGCAUAGACAAUAAUUAAAUUGGCGAUGAUGGAGCUUCUACUAUUGAUACAGUACUUGGUAACUGCAAAUUCCUAACAAAUCUCAAAUUUAACUUUCAUGGUAAUGAAAUUGGUGAUAAAGGAGUAUAAAAUAUUGCAUUAAGCUUGAGUAACUGCACUUAACUUAAAAAUUUAGCUUUUAGCUCAGAUAAUGAUGAGAAGUUUCUAAAAUCCAGAGAAAUUAUCAACUAUUUCAAAAUUUUUGGGCUCCCUCAACAACCUUUUUGGUUAAGCUUGUCGAGGAAUCGCGUAGUAUUUGCUUAUUAUAAUGUAAAAAUCGCUUAAAAUAAAUGA